UCUUCAAACUCUUCCCUGCACGGCCUUGUAUCGGACGUCCCAAAUGACUGAACGCAAGGUGUUCCUUUUGUUGAUCGGAAGAAAAAAGGACUAGCCACCCUAAAAAGGGAGGGACUUUGGGGGAGGAAUGCAGGAUUGCAGCCCUUGACUGCCCAGCGGCAGAGAUGAUGUCACCGCUUCUGCACGAGAGGCUGGGGGUGGAGCAGUGGAGCCCGGAGCGGACUCUGCGCUUGCAGCUGCCAAGGCUGCUGAGCCCACGUCAGGGGACGAGUCUGGAUAAAUAGGGUCCCGCAAUGGCCGUGUCCGGCUGCGCUCCGAGCUGCGGAGUCCGAGACUGGAGCUUCCUGCGCGGGUCGGUGCUCUGGAGGCUGAGUGCUGGCGCUGCUGGUGCUCCGAGCGCUCAGGGGCAGUCUGCGCCCAGACCCCAGAACUCCCCAUCAGUGCGGCCCGGCAGGAAAGUUCACCCGCUGCUCCUAGGUGAAGAGAUAGCGGGAGCAGGGGGGCUAGAAGAGAAGGGUCCUUCCUGCCAGCAGCAGCGGGGGAGGACAGUGCCAUGCUCCUCUCCAUCCUGGUGGCUUUGUGCCUGUGGCUGCGCCUGGCGCUGGGCGUGCGCGGCGCGCCCUGCGAGGCUGUGCGCAUCCCCAUGUGCCGGCACAUGCCCUGGAACAUCACUCGGAUGCCCAACCACCUGCACCACAGCACGCAGGAGAACGCCAUCCUGGCCAUCGAGCAGUACGAGGAGCUGGUGGAUGUGAACUGCAGCUCUGUGCUGCGCUUCUUCCUCUGCGCCAUGUACGCACCCAUCUGUACCCUGGAGUUCUUGCACGACCCCAUCAAGCCCUGCAAGUCUGUGUGCCAGCGCGCACGCGACGACUGCGAGCCUCUCAUGAAGAUGUACAACCACAGCUGGCCAGAGAGUCUGGCCUGCGACGAGCUGCCCGUCUAUGACCGUGGAGUCUGCAUCUCUCCCGAGGCCAUAGUCACUGACCUUCCAGAAGAUGUGAAGUGGAUAGACAUCACACCAGAUAUGAUGAUGCAGGAAAGGCCCUUUGAUGCUGACUGUAAACGCCUGAGCCCUGAUCGGUGUAAGUGCAAAAAGGUGAAGCCAACUUUGGCAACGUACCUGAGCAAAAACUACAGCUAUGUUAUCCAUGCCAAAAUCAAAGCCAUCCAGAGGAGUGGCUGCAAUGAAGUAACGACAGUGGUGGAUGUGAAAGAGAUCUUCAAGUCUUCCUCGCCCAUACCUCAAACACAAGUCCCCCUCAUCACAAAUUCCUCCUGCCAGUGUCCACAUAUCCUGCCCCAUCAAGAUGUCCUCAUCAUGUGUUAUGAGUGGCGUUCGAGGAUGAUGCUUCUUGAAAACUGUUUAGUUGAAAAAUGGAGAGAUCAACUUAGUAGAAGGUCCAUACAGUGGGAAGAGAGGCUCCGUGAACAGCAGAGAACAGUUCCGGACAAGAAGCGAACAGCUAGCCGCACCAGCCGCAGCAACCCCCCCAAGCCAAAGGGAAAGCCACCCGCCCCCAAAACUGCCAGCCCUAAGAAGAACAUCCAAGCUAGAAGUGCCCCCAAGAAACCGAACCUGAAGAAAAGUACAAACUAAUUACUUUCCACGAUGGAGCCACACUUACAGGAAAAGGCGGUAGGUACUGCCUGGGACAGCCUACGGAAGGCCACGCACCACUUGCCUUAAGGGCUCACUGCAGUCCUCUUCAUAGACACGUCUUGCGGCACUUUUUUUUUUUUUUAUGAUAGCUUCAGUUUUUUUCUUUAAGCCACACAGCCCUGUUGGUGGUCGGUCCUCUGGUGUGGACGGCACAAGAGGGAAAGCUGCUCUACAGGUUUUUGCGCUCAGAGGGGCCUGGGUGUUUACUCUGUAUGACCGUCCUGUCCUAUGAUGGGAAAUGUGCUUCUGUUUUGAGGGUUUGACCUAAUAUGUACAUUGUAAGGUCCACGUAAUAUGUCAAACAAAACAGUCUUUUGACCAAAAAAAAAAAAUUUCCUUUGACUUCUGUUAGGAAAUUAGUGAUCUAUUAAGUGUGAUUGAAAAUACACUUUUGACAAAGGCAAGAGAAUGAUGCUUAAAAUAUCUUCAUGUGUUGUCUGCAGAAAGAUUUUUCUGAUGAACGGGGUUUUGAGAAAUUUUAGAGAUACGGGAAAUAGUCAUGUGUGUUUGUCAGACUUUCAAUGCUGUCUUUAGCUAGACACUUGGAAAACUCAGCUAACGAUGACCAAUAAAGAGGAGAGGCCGUCUGGC